AUGUUGCGAACAUUCUUGCGAGCUUAUGCAACUGCCCCAAAAAUCCCAUCAACUGGAAUGUCCAUCAAUCCAUAUGCGAUUUUUGUCAAAGAGCAUUUUGCGCAAAACUCAAGCCAAGGAGGAUCAAAUGUGGAAAUUGUCAAGAAAUUAUCAGCGGAUUGGAAGAAAUUGAGUGCAGAGCAGAAGAACGAGUAUCAAAAGAAAUCGAAGGAAUAUCGAGAGGAGAAGAUUUCGGAGUUCUUGCAACUCGAUGCGAAGACGCAACAAUUGAAGAUUGAAGAGGCGAAGGAGAAGAAGGUGGAGAAGGCGAAACGAAGAGAGAGAAAAGAGAAGCGAGAGGAAUGGAAGGCGAAUGGACAUCCACAACUUCCACCGAAUGCUUAUGCGAUUUAUAUCAAGGAAUUUGUUGAGGCUAAAAAGGUGCGUGUUUUGAGGGAGGGAUAGAAAAUUUGAAAUGCGGUGUCCAAAAACCAAAAUUUCACUGUCCAAAGACUAGAUUUAUGUUAAAGUACCGUAGAACCUGCGCAUCUAACUCGAAAAUAAAUUGGACAAGUUAGAUACGCAGGUUAUACGUUAUGCUCCUUGAAUCCGUGUUGUUUUCAUUGAUUUUUGGCAGAUUUUGAUGAAAAAGUUUAGAAAAAAUCAGAUAAACACGUUUUUCAAGCAAAAAUUGUUUCCACUUGCGUGCGGCUUUGCGUCGCGGUCGGGAAGCGAACCGCGACGCACAGCCGCACGCGACUGAAGAUGAAAUCAAUUCUGCACUGGUUUUUCAAUUUUUACACUAGCCAUAUUUUGAACUUCGACACAUAAAAGAUUUUUCAAAAUUUACACAAAUUAACUUUUUCAACUAGAUUUUACAUAAAAUAUAUGUUUUCUAGUAGUUUUCAACAUCUAAAAUUGCAGAACUCAACUCUUAAAAUGAGUUAUGACGUGGCAAAGUCAAAAAUUUGGGAUUUUAGGAGUUUUUAAACUACGUUAAAAACACAUAUUUUCAUACAAAACCAUAGUUUUCAACUCCUAAAAUCCCGAUUUUUCGAAACUUUCGAACUUUUCCACGUCAUAACUCAUAUUAGGAGUUGAGUUUUGCAAUUGUAGACAACGGGAUAGUGAAACCUACUAGAGAAUAAAUAUUUUAUUCGAAAUCUAGAGCGGAUUUUGAUGAACAAUUUCAGAAAUGAAGUCAAUAUGAACAAUUUUUUCCGGGAAAAAAAUGGUUUUCUGAAAAAAUCUUUGUGAAAUUCCAUAGAAAUUCAAAUUUUCAACAAAAUCACCCCUAAAAUUACAAAUUUUUGCAGUCCUCUGGAACUUCGGUCGUCGAACUCGUCAAGACUGGCGCCCAAAACUGGAAUAAAAUGACUGAUGGCCAAAAAGAGAAAUAUCAAAAACACGCGAAAACUCUCAACGAAGAAUAUCAUUCGAAAUUGGCACAAUGGAAAGAGACUCAAAAAGAGAAGAAAUAA